AUGUUUGAGAUAACAUUUCCAGUCAAAAAACUGACUAUACACUUUACCAUCUAUUAUACUGCUGAAACUGGCGUUCGGCAUGAUGACACGCUAACGAAAACAAAAUUGCUCAAAGACGAAUUCCGAGUGGAGCCAAAGGACACGAAAGUGGCUCAGGGGCAGACGGCGCUCAUGGAGUGCAGCCCACCGAAAGGUCAUCCGGACCCGAUGGUCGUCUGGAAGAAAGACAGAGAAGACGUGCACAUAGAUUCGACGACAAGGAUGCGAAUCGUAGACGGUGGCAAUCUGAUGAUUACAGACGUCAAACAAGACGAUGGAGGUGAAUACCUGUGCGUGGCACAAAACAUCGUAGGCAAGAAGGAAAGUACACCGGCAAAACUCACCGUAAACGUGAAACCAUUCAUAAACACCGAACCCAAAGACGUAACUGUGCACACCGGACAGACCGCUGAAUUCGAGUGCAAGGUGGGUGGCGAUCCGAAACCGAACAUCUACUGGGAACGCGACGGUAAUAAAAUGCCAUUCGGCCGAGCCCAGAUAUUGGACAACAAAUCACUGAGGAUCAUUAACGUGAUAGCACAGGACGAAGGACUCUACGUUUGUAACGCCGAAAAUGACGUGGGUUCCGAGAAGGCCAAGGCUUCGUUGACCGUGCACUCCCCGCCGACAUUUGUGACCAGACCCAAAGACCAAAAAGUGGGCCUCAACGGAAUUGCAAAUUUCGACUGCGUGGCACAAGGCAACCCUCCGCCGUCUGUUUUUUGGUCACGUGAAGGGUCCCAGGUGUUGAUGUUCCCCGGCAACGCUUACGGACAUUUUCACGUGACUCAAGACGGCACCCUGCGCAUACAGGGAGCUCAAAAAGAAGACGCCGGUUUCCUCGUGUGUUCCGCCCUGUCCGUCGCCGGGUCGGUGACUUGGCGUGCGUUCUUGCAGGUCACAUCCGUACAAGACGUUCCUCCGCCAGUCGUCGACAUCGGACCGACCAACCAAACGUUGGCCACGAGGUCGGCUGCCACAUUACCAUGUCAGGCGUCUGGUAUACCAUUGCCUACCAUAAAAUGGUACAGAAACGGAAAUUAUUUGUCUCCAGACGACCCCAGAGUAACCAUUACAUCAUCGGGCACACUACAAAUAGACGAACUCGAAGUAUCUGAUUCUGGUCUGUACACGUGCACUGCUUCUUCGGAAAGCGGUGAGACUUCCUGGUCGGCGUCACUGAGCGUCGAAGAAUCCCCGGGCACACGACUGCACCGCGCGCCUGACCCGGCCAUGUUCCCGGCCGCCCCAUCAGUGCCGACCAUCGUAAACGUUACCAAAAACUCGGUUACGGUCACGUGGCACCCGCCCACUCCACACCUUGGCGCCUCGCCGAUCAUCGGGUACACGCUCGAGUAUUACAGCUCGGACCUGCAAACCGGAUGGGUGGUCGCCGCACAUCGCAUAUCAACCAACACCAUGGUCGUCGAUAAUCUAAAACCGGACACGUCGUACGUGUUCAUGGUGAGGGCCGAAAACUCACAUGGAUUGAGCGUGCCUAGCGCGUUGUCCGCUAUGGUGAAAACCGGAGGGACCAAUACGAUCAUCACGCAGCAGUCUCUGGAGGAAGCCCGUGAGCGGCUCGGUACUAAAGUCAUAGACUUCAAGGAACUGUUUCCGGUAUCGUCCACGUCGGUCCGAGUCAUAUGGGAUGUGUUGAGCAGUGCCGAAUGGGUAGAAGGUAUUCACGUACGGUUCAGAGACUUGUCAGGCGGCUCGCAGACCUAUAACAUGAUGACGGUGAUGAUGAACAACGGUGAACCCAAGUCGUACACAUUGGCCAACCUCCGUAAGUACAACAAGUACGAUUUCUUCUUGGUGCCGUUCUUUAAGACGGUCGAAGGCCAACCGUCCAACUCCAUGGUCGUCCAAACAAACGAGGAUGUUCCUUCUGCGGCUCCAGAAGACGUACAGACUGGUAUGGUAAACGCCACUACCGCGUUCAUACGGUGGUCGGCACCUCCACCGCAGCACGUCAACGGCGCACUGUUGGGAUACAAAAUACAAGUGAAGAAUAACAACGCUACAAAGGCCGCCGUACAAGAGCUGUUGAACUCGUCUACCACGACGAUUCUGCUCAACUUGACGGUGGGCGGCAGUUUCACGGCCCGGGUACAGGCGUACACCCGAAGCGGGUACGGGCCCUACAGCGCCCCCGUGCCGAUCGUCAUGGACCCGGCGUACCCGGCCAGAGCGUAUUCGUCUACUACCAACGGCGAGGCGUGGAUCAUCGUGCUGUUGGCGGCCCUGGUCGUCAUGUUGGCGUGCGUAAUCGUCACCGUCGUGUACUUGAAACGGAAACAGAACGCCGGCAAACAGUUGGGCCACUUCAACGUACCGGUGGUCAGUGGCGACCUGUCGCAAUUGAGCAUGUUGAGCGCCGGCGGCAAGGAGGCCCUGUGGAUCGACCGUGGUUGGCGCAACGGGGAGAAGGACCCCGAGUCCAAACUGUUGAACGGCAUCGGUAGGGAGACGACCUGCGCGGACUACGCCGAGGUGGACACCCGAAACUUGUCGACGUUCUACAACCCGCGCAAAGACAUGAUGUCCAACCCCACACCGUACGCCACCACUACUCUGCUGAACCGCGACGAUUGCAAUGAGUCUACGCAUCUCUUCGGGGCCGCUAGCAGUUCGUCUGAAACCAAAACACUGAGUUCCAACGGUUCGUGCCACGAACGUUGUCACGAACAAGUGGUCGCACCCAACAACCAUUACCUUGACGAAAACGUGGACUUCAACAAUCACAAACGGAAACCGCCAAUCUAUCCGAUCAAUCAAGCGCCGCCCCCGAAUUGGAACGAGUUCCUCCCACCGCCCCCACAACACCCGCCGACCGAUUCUAUGCGGAAAACGUCUCAGUCCAACGGCGGCAGUCCUCAAUCAAGUCGUCGUAUGCACGCUGGAAGUUUCUCGAAACAGUCACACAUCCACUCCAGCAAGUCAUUGGCCGGUAGUUGUAAUGGCUACACGCCAGCAUGGAUUUACACUGGCAACCAGAGCAACGAACACAGAUUCAAUCCACCGCCUUCCACACAACCACCUCCGGUACCGAACUCGUCUCAUCCUUCCGUGUGCAACGUGUCCUCGUGCCAGGGACUCGACCGGUCGUCUAACAAAUAUGGAGCGUCUCGGAACCGCAUGCACUCAGAUUACGAAUACGAGAGCGCGUCACUGUUGUACGGUCACGUCAAUCAGCCGACGCAACAGCAACAGCAGCAGCCACCACCUCCACCGCCGUGCAACAAACGGACACCUGACGAACAGCCACAGCAGUACAACACUUGCUGUUCCGAGGGCAACAGCAUAGACCGUUGCGUUCAGUCCACCCUGCCCGGUCUCGCGUACAAACAUCAUUCCGAACAAUGGCAUCGGGACCGCGGUUGGUGUGACGACGACGAUGACGACGGCGGAGGAGUCAAUGUCACGGGGGCUGACGACAAGGGUAGUUGCAGCAGUGGUUGCUCGUGCAGCGAAUCGUCUUGUCUGUACGCCGAGGCGACGGACGUACCCUGUCCAGUUGUGCUUCAGACGUCGUCGUCGUCGACGGCUGUUGGACGCAAGUGA